AUCCGGGUUACUGUCAUGGCGGCGCCCAUGAGGAUGUUGUGAAAUUAUUAUCACGUUUUAUUUCGUGACAUGAUCUGUAUUUAAGAAGGUGUCAUGAGGAAAUAACGUUUUAUUUCAAUCCAGCCAGUCUUAUUGAAUGCUACACAGGUGUAAAUUUUAGUCAACCAGCUUAAAUCAUGGACAGACGUCAGAUUUCGAGGCUGAUAGCUACUGCUGUUAUAGGAGGUGUUGGUGUGUGGGCAGUCCUAAAGACUAUCAAGGCAUUAACUAACAGUGUGAAAGUGUACCAAAGGAAAAAGGAGAUUUUUGUUAUUAAAACAGAAGAAGAAUGGGAGCAUUUUUAUGUCAGCUACAUACAAAAUGAGCACAUAAAGGUUCUGGGCUUUGAUUGUGAGUGGGUGUUUCGUGGCCGGCGACACCCAGUAGCCUUACUGCAGCUGGCCACACAAGAAGGGGUGUGUGCUCUCAUCCGCAUUUUCAAGAUGCCAACUUUUCCAGCGUCGCUUAAACAGUUAUUGAAUGACAGGAGCAUAUUGAAGGUUGGUGUGGCACCAAAAGAUGAUGCGAAGAAGUUGUUCCAGGACUAUGGUCUGUUUGUUCGGGGAUGUGUGGACUUGCGACACAUGCUCCUUCGGGUGCGUGGCAUCUAUCAAUGGUUAGUGGCUUCACUUCGGGUGCGUGGCAUCUAUCAAUGCCCCAGCAUUGGUCUACAGGGCGUGGCUCAGGGGGUUCUAGGAGUCACAAUUAGUAAAGACAAAUCUGUACGCUGUGGUAACUGGGAGGCAGACGUAUUGUCUUCAAGACAGAAAGACUACGCAGCUGACGACGCCAUUGUAGCCGUAGACAUUUUCACACACCUUGUCCUAGCAAAACUACUGAACCGGCGACCAGAGGCAGAGAGCACAGAGUCGGAGGUGUUCACUAAUGAAAGUCGGUUCUGGAGAACAGCACGAUCCUUGUGUCAGGGGGUAGUCGACUCCCAGUAUAAACACAAACCCAAUGCAGGGACCAAAAAUAAACCGUCACGCAUGUACAAACAGUUGGUCAAGGUUCUCACUGACCAGGGAAAACAGGAUGAAAAGAGUGGCGAAGAGUUGGACGAGGAUGUAAACAGUGAAACGGACUACUCUGAAACAAACCAACAGCCUACGUUACAGGCGAAGGCAAAGAAAACGGAGAAGUCAUCAUACAUGACACGACAGCGCCCUCUAUAUGAUAACUGUUACUUGCUCGCCCCUGACGGGGAGCUUCUUUGUUCCUGUGAUGUCAGGAAGGCUGCAUGGUACCUGGAAAAAGGACUAGCGAAUAAAGUAGAAGAUUCUCCACUGACGGUGAAGCUGAAGUUUGAGCCAGCAGGUCGUCCAACAGAUGACUACUACCUCCAGGAUAAAGAGAACAUCUGUGUUGUGUGUGGUGUAGACGAGUCCUAUAUCCGAAAAUGUGUCAUCCCUCGGGAGUACAGAAAAUAUCUACCUCACCGACUUAAGGAGCAUUCCUCACAUGAUGUUUUGUUAAUGUGUGUCCCAUGUCACAUGGAAAGUACACAACAUGAUUCUGUGUUACGUUAUCAACUGGCAGACCAGUGUAAUGCACCAAUAGACAACGGUUCGGGGAUCAAACUUCAUCUCGAUGAAGAGCUGCGCAAAGUUCAGUCAGCCUCCAAAGCUUUGUUAAAAAGUCGGGACAAAAUACCAGUGGAGAGGAGGGAAGCAUUAGAAAACACCAUUAAAAGUUUUUACGAUGUUGACGAGAUUACAGAUGAAUUAUUACAUAAAGCUGUUGACAUAGACUAUAAGAUCCGCAAUAAAUACUACAAACCGCAUGGAAAGCGGGUAGUGACACACAUGAAGAAAAAUGACGGGUUGUUUAAUUUUGAGAAAAGAUGGCGGCAACAUUUCUUGGACACUAUGAAACCAAAAUUCAUGCCCAAAAGCUGGUCUGUGAAUCAUCGCCAUGAACAUCAUCGUGACGAUGAUGAGAGUGAUUCUGAUUCGGAGGUGAUGUUCACGGACACUAUAUAACAGGAACUGGUCAUGCAGAUUUGUUAUCAAGCUUUUCACUAAAUUUUGAUAAUAUUAUGAUCAUGAAAUCAUGUGUUAUAAAUAACGGUUUCUUCCUUGAAGAGGGUUGAGGGGCAUAGAGGUGAGGUUAUAAAAUCAUUUUUAGAAAUAAAAUUCUUGGAUGAAGAGAAUUCAGUGAUAUUUGAACGGAGGAUAUGACUCUUCUUGGAAGCAACGGGGUGACAUUCAAUAAAGGGAUGUUGGAGUUA